AUGACAUUAACAGUUUUAGAUUUACGCUUGAUACCUAUUACUCCCUUUGGUGUUCUUCCUUUUGCCCAGGAUCUGCCUACGGCUGACUCUCCUGGUCUUCGAUCCUUCUUGUACCAACCAACUGACUAUACUGAGGUACGAGUCGCUUCCAUCGGUCCCGGUGGACAAGAGGGUGUCUGGUCAGAACCCGUCAAAGUGCAACUCGCAGUGCCAACAGGUCUGGGUGCAUCCGAAAAAACUGGACCCGUUGGCUUUAAGGUGACUCAACUUUCGUGUUACCCUGCUCCAGCAGCUCUUACGAGGCAGCUGGCCUAUCCGGUGCUUCUGGGAACAUCUGGAAUUUCAACGACCCCUUUGCAGGCCAUUAUUGUUCGCUGGCAGGAGCCCAAUGUAACUGCAGAUGGAGCUGUCCCAUUUCUCCAUUACCGAGUAUUUUGCUUUAUUCAACCAUUCCGCCAGGUGAACUUCACGGGGCUUUCUGAGUUCACUGAUGCCCUGGGCCGGCGCCACCAGAUUUUACAGACUGAGCGGGAACAGUCUCUCAGUUCUGCGGUUAUCCAGCCCGGCAACUGGCUAGAGCACACGCUCAUCGGUCUCCGACCGAAUACACUCUACGUUGUUGGCGUCCGACCGGUAGCCUACGCGUCUGGCUCAGGAGCCAGUCUGGUUGGUGUGCCGAUCGAGACGUCUUGCAGUACUCCUGAAAUAGGUCAGUUAGACACUUGA